GAGGAAGAAAACCGGCGCUGAGUUUGAACUUUUGAAGAAGAAUGUGCUAACUUUAUCAGACAGGUGUGGCUCUGCUGCUGACAGUGGUGUGGGAUUAAUCCAUCUAACCGCUGCUUUUAACAUCGGACGUGUUUGCAUUUCAUGUCAUCCGCACUACCUCAGGAACACUAUCGAACAGUAGCUGCAGUGAGACACGAUGGAGUCGUCUGUGCUGAACCUGCACAACCAGUUCCAGAGUCUGGGCGCUCAGGUGGACGGCCUGAAUGAGGGCAUUGAACCACAGUUCCUCCAGAUGGCGGUGAACUUUGAGGAGUGCCGUAAGAAGUGGCUGCAGGAAGGUGACGAGCUGGUUUCCUGUAAAGAGGUGCUGGCUAAAGCAGAGACUGAGAAGGGAGCCCUGGAGGUCAAACUAAAGCAUGCCCGCAACCAGGUGGAUGUGGAGAUCCGCCGGCGGCAGAAGGCCGAGGCCGUCUAUGAGAAGCUGGAGCGUCAAGCUGCAGCUGAUCAAGGAGCUGCUGAUAUCGGAGAACAACGGUAACAGUGUCCACCUGAGUGAGGAGCAGCGCUCCGCCCUGGCCUUCCUCAGUUCCCACUCCCAGGCAGCACAGGCUGCUAAGGCCAACCUCAACUCCAGUCGAAGGUUAACUAGAAUCGAUGAAUCGGCUUCUUUGCUGUCAGACAUCAGCUAUGACCAAACGGACGACUCUCUGGACUGGGAUUCCUCCGUGAUGAAGACUGUGAGACUGCGGAAACGCCAGAAACGACGUUCCUCCAGAAAACUCUCGGAGGUUCCUCCACAGGCGAUGAAGAAACCUCGCUCCUCUGGACGCACCGCAGAUAGGAUGAAUGAGUCUAUAGUGGCCAAAACCACCAUCACUGUGCCGGUUUAUGGUGGUGCUGUCGAGGCUGUCUCCACCAUUGAAACCGUGCCUUACUGGACACGCAGCAGAAAGAGUGUUGCUCCAGCAUGGGGGGAUACAACCACUACUGACCCAUCUGAGACUGCCAGUGAGGUUCCCAGCACACCAGUCUCCGAUUACUCAGCCAAGCUCCGAACCCCCAGAGCUAACAGAGGAGGAAAGAAGCACCAGUUCAUCCCCAAAACAGUGAUCAAGUCUGAAUUCUGCGUACCAUGUGGGAGAAGAACCAAGUUUGGCAAGAUGGUCCUGCGCUGCCAAGAUUGUCGGGUCGUGACCCACCCAGAGUGUCGUGACAGUUGUCCCCUGCCCUGUAAGCCAACAGCUGUUGGCACUCCCAUCAAAAACGCAGAGAUCACUCUGGCUGACUUUGCUCCAGUCACCUCCCCAAAGAUCCCAGCUUUGGUUAUCUACUGCAUUAAGGAGAUUGAACACAGAGGCCUACAUGAGGUUGGCCUGUACAGAGUCUCUGGCCAAGAGCGCAUGGUGAAAGCGCUGAAGGAGAAGAUGAUUAGAGGAAAGACUCUGCCUCCACUUCACAAAGUGGACGACAUUAAUGUCAUCACAGGCGUCCUCAAAGACUUCCUCAGAAACCUCCCAGAGCCCCUGCUCACCUUCCACCUCAACAAAGUCUUCAUGGAAGCAGCCGAAAUCCAGGAUGAUGGCAACAGCCUCGCCAUGCUGUACCAGGCCAUCAGUGAGCUGCCUCAACCCAACAGAGACACUCUGGCCUGCAUGAUGAUCCAUCUCCAGAAGGUCUCCGAGUGUGUGGAAACCAAGAUGGAUGUGAACAACCUGGCCAGGGUGUUCGGCCCUACUCUUGUGGGUCAUGCGGUUCCCGACCCCGACUCCAUGACCAUCCUGCAUGACACAGGCAGACAACCAAGGGUUAUAGAGCGCUUUUUCAGUAUUCCAGGAAACUACUGGGGCCAGUUUGCGUAUCCGGAUGAUUCAGGCAUGGACAAUUCUCAAACUGAUACUCAAGACCACCACAAAGUAAGCAUAUUGGGACCAUUGACCACUCCAGAGCACCAGAUGAUGUCCAAAACACCCUCCUCCAGCUCGCUGUCCCAGCGCAUGAAGCACACCCUCUCCAGCACCACCAUAUUUGGGAGCAAGAGCAAAGCAUCAGCUGCCUCUAACCGCCAGGGCAACUUCUUCGCCUCUCCACAACUGAAGUAAUGGCAAAGGAGGAAGAAAAAAAAUCAUCCGUAUUGUAUUUCUGUGUUACCUACUGCAAUAAUUGAAUAUAGCAUAUAUUCACAUAAUUAUGUGGGAAACUACUGUGUCAUUUUUAGCAUGUAACAGUUUUAUUACUGAGUUUUUUUUAUACAAGACUUUCUAACCAGAUUUUUUUUCUUUAAAAAGAUUCCUGCACGAGUUUGUUUUUUAUAUCUUUGAUUACUAAACUGUAGAGACAUUUAUGUGAUUGUACGAGGUUUGAAGGCUUUGACCAAGCAACCGUUUGUGAAAGGAUCAUAUCUUCUGCCUCGUGUUUAACACUGGGAUUUGAAUAUGAAAAGCUAUGCAUUCACCGUUGCUCCAUCUUUGAACCUGUGGUUAUAACCGCAGCAACAGAGGUGCUCAAGCACACGUGAAACACGACUGCAUUGAAAAAAGAGGAAAGAAAUUGAAAUAUUGGCCAGUGUCUCUUUAUCUUAUGGCAUUGGUUGCCUUGUCAUUGUCCUAAAACUGAAUUUUUGUUUUCAUGAUUUAACAUUUUGUGUUAUAUUUAUGUUGAUUGUGUCCUAUGACAAAUCAUGCCAAUUUAUAUACUUUAACAACACUGCAAUGUAAACACUGAUACUGAAUGGGAAUUAUGUUGCAUUUUGCACUGUGCAACAAUGUGAGUAAAUGUGUUUUCUACGUGGGAAUACACACCACUAGAGGCCGCUGUUGCACCACUUUUGAUAUGCAAGCCUUAACCAAUGAAGUUCUACUGUAUAUUAUGCACACAGCCAGUCAGAAUUACUGACACUCAUUGCAAUCAACGCAUGAUUAGGAAUACUAUAAGUUAUUAUUCACGUCACCUAAGACAGUUCAGUCAAUGUUUUACAGAUAUCUGAGACUGUGUGGUCAUCACAAAAUCAAAUCUGGAGCUUUUAUAAUUGUGAAAACUAAUUUGUAUGCACACUCGGUAUUUUAAUCAAAGUAGCUUUCUUGUACGCUUACAUGAGUUUCCACUAUCUGCUGCUCUCACUGUCACCUUUUUAUGCAGCUCCAGAUUUUAGCGUGAUGAUGACAUUACUGGUUCAGAUAUUAGUCAUGAGAAAUGUUGAAACUGAUUCACAGUAUUUAGUCAUUAAUACCAAAUCUAACCAUGUUUUUCCUGCCAAUUAAGGAGUGCAUCGUUUGAGGUUGUAAGACUCCAACAAUACUACAUUAUGUUUUGUACAUUUAUUCCAUUAUAUGGUUAUAUUCCUCUAAUGAAAUGUUUUCUAACUGAUGCGGUUACUUUCACCAAAGAGUUUGUAGACUGAAUGCUCAAAUAAGAUCACAAAAAAAGUCCACUGUUGAGCUAAAAAUAAAACUUCAAAAGAC